AUGACCCGAUACAAAAGCACCCCUCUCUACGGCGGCGCUCUAGUCAGCGACUUGCCCGACAAGUUCGCCGACGUCAGCAAACUCCGCGAGGUACCCGACAACCAAGAAGUCUGGAUCGACUCGGACGGUUUCACGAGCAUCAUCUUCGACAUCACGGAGCGCGUCGGCCCCGCGGGCUCGAGUCCCGAGAUCGACGGCCGCGCCCUGACGACGCACCUCGAGGAUCUCGUCGGCGAGGACGUCGACACCGUCAAGGUCUGGAACACGACCGAGACCUCCUUCUCGCGCCUCAGCUCCGACAUUCCCGCCUACACCCUCAUCGCGACGCAGACCCCGCACGCGAGCAAGUCGUCCCGUUCGUCGUCGUCGUCGGCACCCGAUUUCACGGCCAUCAUUCUUACCCUCGUACGCCUUGAGAAGGAGUCGACGGAUAUCUUGGUCACGAUUAACGUGCCGCAUAUCAAGGGCGAGUACGACGAGGCCGAUGUCGAUUUGGAGCUCGGCAAGCAGGGAAAGCUGAUUGGCGACGCUGUUGAGUAUGCUGCGCGUAUUUGGGAGACGUUCAAGGUGAAGGACUGGUCUUUGUUCCAGGAGACGGAAUAUGGAUAUUCCCAAAGUGGAAGACGGAUCGAAGAUGUGAAUGGCGAGGAGGUGUCACUAGUUGAGUUGUUCUAUGCUGAGAAUUAUGAUGUCAAGAAAACGACAUCAGAUUUCUACGUGUACACAUAUUACGACAGCUGGAUCGACGAGCUACAACUAUCGUACUGGUCCCUGGUAUAUCGACGGAGCUACACGAGCACAAGAAGUCGAACAGUGAUCACCAUUUCGUGCAAGAUUACCUCCACCAUACUAGAUGAUAGUUGUCACCUUCGUUUCGAAUGA